CACUCACACACGCACUCGCGCACUCACGCUGGACUGGAUGCAGAAACACUGGAUGCGGGAUAAUAUUAUGGAUUUUGUCAUGAAAUAUCUGCUGUUACUCCAUUUUUUGUAUUGGAGCAUUGACAUCUCUCAGGGUUUUAAUGUGGGUACUUAUGGAUCCAAGAUCUUCUCAGGGGUGUCGUCAGAACAGUUUGGUUACACUUUGCAACAGUUCAGCAACAGUCAAGGAAAAUGGCUCCUGGUGGGUUCUCCAUUGAAGGGAUACACUCAGAACCAAAAGGGAGACAUCUCUAAGUGUGACCUUAAAAACCCUGGAACCAGCUGUCAGACGCUUAAUCUUCAAAAUUUUGUCAACCUGCCAACUGUCUCCAAUGGCAACAACAUCAACAUGAGUCUAGGACUAACUCUCACUCGUACAAUGAAAAAUGGUGGAUUUAUGACAUGUGGUCCUCUGUGGGCACAGCUCUGUGGUAGUCUGUACUUCUACCCAGGAGUAUGUGCGGAGGUGAACCCACAGUUUUCUCUCCAGUCAGCAUUCUCACCGGCCGUUCAAAAGUGUGGCACCCUUAUGGAUAUUGCCAUUGUUUUGGACGGAUCUAACAGCAUAUACCCGUGGAAACCAAUCGUUGAUUUCCUCAAGAAACUGCUGGGAAGCUUAGAUAUUGGACCUCAGAGCACUCAGGUCAGUGUCCUACAGUACGGUGUUGAUGCCAGAUUCGACUUCUAUUUGAAUUCCUAUCAGACAAACGAGGCCAUGAUUAGAGCUGCUUCAAGUAUUCAGCAGAAGGAAGGAAUAAGCACGAAUACGUUCCAAGCCAUUGAAUUUGCCAGAAACAAUGCAUUCUUACCCCAAAACGGAGGUCGUCCUGGUGCCACAAAAGUAAUGGUAGUGGUCACUGAUGGAGAGUCUUCUGAUGGAAAUCUGAGGGACACUGUGAUUCAAGCGUGUGACAAGCAAAAUAUCACUCGCUUUGGGAUUGCGAUGCUGGGAUAUUACACAAGGAAUAACAUUGAAACAAGUAAACUCAUUGCUGAGAUUAAGUCAAUAGCCAGUUCUCCAAUUGAGAAAUACUUCUUUGAUGUGUCUGAUGAGGCAGCCCUUAUAGAAAUUGUUGGAACUCUUGGAGAUCGAAUAUUCAAUAUUGAAGGUGUUGGAAAGGCUGUUGGGGGUUUCUCAAUGGAAAUGUCCCAAGUGGGUUUCAGUGCACAUCAGACAAAAAAUAAGGAUGUGGUCUUACUGGGUGCAGUUGGAGCGUAUGAAUGGAUCGGCACCGUUGUUCACCAAACUGCUCAGGAAUCAAACAUUUUACCCAGAAAUGCUUUUGAGGACGUGCUGGAGGACCAAAAACAUUGUUCAUUACUUGGUUACUCUGUCAGCACUCUAACAGAUGGAUCUUCUGAGUUUUUUGUGGCUGGUGCUCCUCGUGCUGUUCAUAAAGGACAAGUUGUAGUUUACACCCUCGACAGUAAGAAACAGCCGGUCAUCAAAGAUUCACAGAGAGGAGACCAGAUCGGGUCUUAUUUCGGCAGUGUUCUCUGUCCUGUUGAUGUGGAUGCUGAUGGUGUGACUGAUGUGCUGCUGGUUGGAGCUCCAAUGUACAUGAGUGAAGAGAAGUUUGAAACAGGGAGAGUUUACAUCUUCUCUAUUACUAAGGGUAUUUUAAGUAACCAGGGAUUCUUGGAAAGCUCCCAAAAGAACGCUCGGUUUGGAAUGGCCAUCACUGCCGUCCCAGAUCUGAACCUGGAUGGUUUCAGUGAUGUGGUGGUUGGUGCUCCUUUGGAAGGCAAUGAUCAAGGAGCCAUUUACAUCUACUACGGAAAUCAAAAAACCAUCAGAAAGCAAAGCUCACAGAAAAUUCUUGGCUCCAAAGUGGACCGAACAUUCAGGUUUUUCGGACGUGCUCUAGAUGGCAGUACAGAUAUGAACGGUGACUCGAUCCCAGAUGUUGCUGUGGGGGGUCUUGGGAAGGUGGUCCAGCUCUGGAGCAGAGGAAUCGCGGUGGUCACGGCAAAGGUUUCCUUCACUCCUGAUAAGAUCAGUGUUUUGAGUAAACCUUGUCGGUUUGCCGGGAGGCAGGUGUCCUGUUUUAAGGCUAAAGUCUGUUUCAGCGCAGCAUUCAGGCCGAUAAAACCACAGGCUGUGGAUAUCAGGUACAAUCUGAAACUGGAUGCUGAUCUACAGUCAUCUCGUGUGAGCUCAAGAGGUCAAUUCAGUAACUCGGAUCGAGUCUUGCAGAAGAACAUCAGCGUCACUGUGCAGGACACGUGUGAAGAGCAUGACGUCUACGUGCAGGAGAGCCCUGAUCUUGUUAACUCGAUCGCUCUGCGUGUGGAUGUGGUGCUGGGCUAUCCGGACGCAGACCCUGUUCUCGAUGCCUUCAGUCUGUCUGCAUGGGAGUUUUUUAUCCCGUUCUCAAAGGACUGUGGGCGAGAUGACAUCUGCUUCAGUGAUUUGGUGCUGAGUGUGGAGAGUGAAGAUAAUCUUGGCAAAACUCCACUAGUGGUCAGCCACAGCAAUAAAAGAUUGUCUUUCACUGUGACAGUAAUGAACAGAAAGGAAAACGCCUACAAUGCAAGAGUAUCUGCCAGUUACUCCAGUAAUCUGUUCUACGCUACUGUUACACCUGUAACUGAUGGGUCAGAGGUAAAGUGCACUAUGUUGAAAGAAUCAGACACAGUUGUUUGCCAAGUGAGUUAUCCAGCCCUGAGAACAGAUCAAUCGGUUUCAUUUGUCAUCAGUUUCGACUUUAACAUGAAUCAGCUACAGAAAGCUGCUGAAGUUGUCUUUGAGGCCGUGAGUGACAGCUCAGAAGAAACUCCUGCUGAUAACAAGAUAUCUGUCUCUGUUCCUGUCCAAUACAACUCUGAGAUCAUCUUCAGCAGAGAAGCAAACAUAAAUGUUUAUUUACUUGAAAAAGAGGAAGAAAUCCCAACCACAAUAAACUCCUACAGGGACAUUGGUCCAGAUUUUAAUUUUAAUCUGAAGGUUUCUUCAGGAACCCUCGCGGUCAACCUGAUGUACCUCGCCGUCACACUGCCCAGCAGCACUAAAGCUGGAAAUCCUCUUCUGUAUGUCACCUCGGUUAAGACUUCACCCCCUGAAAAGAUACACUGUGCGGACAACCAUCUGAUUGACCCAUUUAAGAUCAACGAAAAGCCUUUUCCUGCCAGCAUAACAGAGGAGAGCUUUAGAGGAACAAAGGAUCUGAACUGCAAAACGGCUUCAUGUCAGGAAAUGCAAUGUGUCCUGAAGGAUCUGAAGGAGAAGAGCGAUUAUUACGUCAAUGUCACUACCAAAAUAUGGACCGGCACUUUUGCAAAGGCUGAUUUUCUCUCCGUCUUACUUACCGUGGGAGCUGAGAUAAAGACAUCUCAAUCUGACUUGCUGUUCAUUGAACAGAAGCGUCUGGAGGUUGAUGUCACAGUAAGCAAACCCGGAGCUAAAGGAGACGUUCCAGUUGGCGUCAUCGUAGGGAGCGUCAUCGGCGGACUGUUAUUAUUGGCUCUUGCAGUUGCAUUACUGUGGAAGCUCAACUUCUUCAAGAGGAAAUAUAAACCACUGAUGAAGAACGCAGAGAAGGGAGAAGAGGAUGAGCAACUGUAAGAGAACCUUUAGUGAAUUCAGUUCACUGAGGUCUGACACAAGAAUAUCUUCACACCAGUUGCCA